AACAAGCACUGAGGGUCGGUUCCAAUUGUCGCCGCCAGCCAGUACCGGGAUACAUUGUCACUAACGAUAUUUAAUUCCCGCAAGAACCUCCAACUUCCCAAAGAAUGGCACCUGCUGUUGGAGGCCCAGUGGGAUACACUCCCCCAGAAGGGGGCUGGGGCUGGGUAGUAGUUGUAGCAGCCUUUGUAUCAAUCGGAUUCUCCUAUGCCUUCCCUAAAUCGAUUACAGUCUUUUUCAAAGACAUAGAAGCAAUUUUUGGAGCAACAAGUAGCGAGGUGUCCUGGAUUUCUUCUAUAAUGCUGGCUGUAAUGUAUGCUGGAGGUCCAAUAAGCAGUGUCUUGGUGAACAAGUAUGGAAGUCGUCCUGUUAUGAUUGCUGGCGGUUGCCUUGCUGGUACUGGCUUAAUUGCUGCCUCAUUUUGUAACACCGUUGCUGAGCUGUACCUUUGUAUUGGUGUUGUUGGAGGUUUUGGACUUGCAUUCAACUUAAACCCAGCUUUGACAAUGAUUGGAAAAUAUUUCUUUAAGAAAAGACCCAUAGCAAAUGGAUUGGCUAUGGCAGGAAGUCCUGUAUUUUUGUCCACUUUAGCUCCUCUAAAUCAAUACUUCUACAGCAUUUUUGGCUGGAGAGGAAGCUUCUUGAUUCUGGGUGGUCUUCUACUAAAUUGCUGUGUUGCUGGGUCUUUGAUGCGUCCCAUAGGACCAAAGCCAGAAGACUCUAAGAAGAAAGUUACUAAAGAGGUAUUAGAAGAGGCUGGAAAGUGUGUUUCUAAGGAAGAUGGGGAUGCCAAUAAAGACCUUAUAGAGGGCAAAGCAAAAACUAAGCCAACAGUGUUCCAGACCAUAAAUAAGUUCCUAGACCUAUCUCUCUUCACUCAUCGAGGAUUCCUUAUCUAUCUAUCUGGGCACAUGAUUAUGUUUUUUGGUCUGUUUGCUCCUUUAGUUUUUCUUAGCAACUAUGCAAAAAGCAAAAACAUUUCACCUGAGUCUGCUGCAUUUCUGCUUUCAAUCCUUGCAAUUGUAGACAUGAUUGCUAGACCUUCCAUGGGAAUUGUGGCAAACACCAAAUGGGUGAGACCUAAAAUUCAGUAUUUCUUUGCUGUUGCAGUUUUGUACAAUGGAGUAUGCCAUCUUCUGGUUCCCCUUGCAACAACUUUUGUUGGCUUUUGCAUCUAUGCUGGCUUUUUUGGAUUUGCUUUUGGUUGGCUUAGCUCUGUCCUCUUUGAAACACUAAUGGACUUGGUUGGAGCUCAAAGAUUCUCUAGUGCCGUUGGAUUAGUCACAAUUGUGGAAUGCUGUCCAGUGCUUCUGGGACCACCUCUGUUAGGAAGGUUAAAUGAUCUAUAUGGAGACUACAAGUACACCUAUCAAGCUUGUGGAAUAGUACUAAUUGUUGCUUCAAUUUACAUCAUCAUUGGGAUGACAAUCCACUACAGACUCUUAGCAAAGGAACAAAAAGCAGAGAAAAAGGCACAGGAAGCAGGUGCAUCUGAAAACAAAUACAAUGAACUUUCUCUCCUUCCUCAAAAUUCUGAUGAUGUUUUAAAAGAAGAUGAAAGUCACAUAUGAGAAUUUGCCUUACAUAUAAUAUGAAUAUAUUAAAACGGUGAUUGAGGUAGUCCCAUUUUUAGGUUAGAAUUUUAUUUUUUAAAACCGUGGCUGUUUU